UGUUUCCCCGGGGCUACUUUCAAACCCUUUUGUGAGCUUCAUAGCAAGGUUGUAUUUCACCCCCUCGGUGCCUGGGCUUGGAAGAGCCCGCUGGACUAGUCCAGAUGGAUGCGAUUCUGAACUGCAGACAGGAUGAGUUGGAAGAUUAUUACAACUUGCUGGGAUGUGACGAACUAUCUACGGUUGAACAAAUUCAUGCAGAAUUUAAGAUUAAAGCCCUUGAAUGUCAUCCUGACAAACAUCCUGGAGACCCCAAAGCAGUGGAGAAUUUCCAGAAGCUGCAGCAGGCUAAGGAGAUUCUCACUAAUGAAGAGAGUCGGGCGCGUUACGAUUACUGGCGACGAAGCAAAAUUACCAUUCCCUUCCAGCAGUGGGAGGCCCUGAGCAGUUCAGUGAAAACGUCAAUGCACUGGGCUGUCCAAAGUAAGAAGGAACAAAUGCUGGAAGCUCCUGACUUGAAUAAUAGCAACAACAUCACCAAUAAGGUGUGGACCCAACAGGCUGGAAACAAUGAAGAUGGAUUGUCAGACAGGAAUGGGGAGCAAGACGAUGUUGCAAUUCCUGAUGUGAAACCACAGUCUCCAAAGAAUCCAGACUCCCCAAGAUUUUCAGAGGCAAAUUACGGGCACUUGCAUUUCCGCUGGUCAGGAGAUGCUCCAUCAGAGCUUCUCAGGAAAUUCAGAAACUAUGAGAUCUAAAAUGCAAAAUACUCAAGAGUGUGAGAUCAUCUGUUCAACAAUUCAGUAUUUUUUUUUUUGCCAGCAGUCAUACGUUAUUUGUAUUUUGUAUUCAUUGUGAUGUCAGUGUUUGAAUAAAU